UCAGGUUGACUCCCUGCUACGUUAGCACAGCUCUGGCAAAACAACAGCCCGUCUCAAUUUGUUUCCUGUUAGCACUAGCAUUAGCCACAGAGCCGCCGACAAAACCUAGCGUGUAAAAAUGUUAAAUUAACGACAGCGUUUAUACCCGGUCGAUGUUAUCUUUGAUUUGACGUUGGUGUUCGUUUGAAGGCAGAGCCAGUCGGAGCUGCGACGCGCCGUUAGCUGCCAGGCUGCUAGCUAACUGUAGCUAACAUCGGCGAUCCAGCAGAGAAAGAUGGGGUCCAUUCUGAGUCGCAGAAUCGCUGGCGUUGAGGAUAUCGAUAUCCAGGCCAACUCGGCCUAUCGAUUUCCACCGAAAUCUGGGAAUUAUUUUGCGAGCCACUUCUUCAUGGGAGGAGAGAAAUUUGACACACCACAUCCAGAGGGAUACCUUUUUGGAGAAAACAUGGACCUGAAUUUUCUUGGAAAUAGGCCAGUGCAGUUUCCAUAUGUGACGCCUGCACCACAUGAGCCUGUGAAGACCCUGAGGAGCCUGGUGAACAUUAGGAAGGACUCUCUGCGUUUGGUCAGGUAUAAAGAUGACUCUGACACACCGGUGGAGGAAGGCGGAAAACCAAAGGUCCAGUAUGGUGUUGAGUUCACCUUUGACGCAGAUGCUCGGGUGGCCAUCACCCUCUACUGCCAAGCGUUUGAGGAGUUCUCCAAUGGGAUGGCAGUGUACAGCCCAAAGAAUCCAUCGCUGGUCUCUGAAACUGUGCAUUACAAGCGCGGCGUGAGCCAGCAGUUCUCCAUGCCGUCUUUCAAAAUAGACUUCAGCGAGUGGAAAGAGGAAGAUCUGAACUUUGACCUCGACCGAGGAGUGUUUCCCAUGGUAAUCCAAGCUGUGGUUGACGAAGGGGACGAUUGCCUCGGACAUGCUCACGUGCUUUUGGCAGCCUUUGAAAGACACGUUGAUGGCAGUUUCUCCGUCAAGCCUCUGAAGCAGAAGCAAAUCGUGGACCGUGUGAGCUACCUCUUACAGGAGAUCUAUGGGAUUGAGAACAAAAACAACCAAGAAACCAAGCCAUCAGAUGAUGAGAACAGUGACAACAGCAACGAGUGUGUUGUCUGUCUGUCUGACCUGAGAGAUACACUCAUCCUGCCCUGCAGACACCUGUGUCUCUGCAACUCCUGUGCAGACACUUUGCGUUACCAGGCCAACAACUGUCCGAUCUGCAGGCUGCCCUUCAGAGCCUUGCUGCAGAUCAGAGCUGUGAGGAAAAAGCCCGGUGCUCUUUCCCCUGUGUCCUUCAGCCCAGUCCUGGCUCAGACUAUGGACCAUGAGGAGCACUCAAGCACAGACUCGGUUCCUCCCGGCUUUGAACCCAUCUCGCUGUUGGAAGCUCUGAAUGGUCUGCGGUCAGUGUCUCCUGCCAUCCCAUCUGCCCCCCUCUACGAUGAGAUCAACUUCUCAGGGGGUCUUGGAGGUGACAGCAGACAGCUGAGCUCCCCAGAACAUUUAAGUGAUGGAAGUCUGCAGAAAGGCAAAGUCAGCAAGUCACCUGACAGCACCCUUAGGUCUCCAUCCUCUCCCAUCCAAGAGGAAGAUGAGGAGAAGCUGUCUGAGAUGUCUGACGCUCAGCCACACACACUGCUGUCCAGCAGCCCCGCCCCCACUGACGCCACAGCCACCGAGGACGUGGCAGAGUCCCUGUCUCCAGAUGAUGAGGACAGGAUGCAUUCUGGAGGAGACAUCCUACAGGACUGCAGCAGUGAGCACAGCAGCUUGACCAAAACAGAGAGCGACCCACCGGGCGAUUUGUCUCUGCCAGCUCUCGGUCCCGAUUCCUGCUCUAUUGGUAUGGAGGAAUAACUGUGGGUCAUCCGAGUCAACAGAAAGCCUGAAAAGUCAGAGCACAAACUGCUCCAGCCAGCCUCUCCUGUGUCCCACGAGCAGCCUUCAUAUGGAAGAUGAGCACCUCAACCCCUGACUCUCAUCCAGCCUUUCCCCCCUCCCCUCCAUCAGAACAGAUUGAUGCGUUACAAAGAUGAUCCAGUCCCUCUAAUUCCUUAUACCCUCCAGCCCAGUUUUCUGCAUCAGUGAUCAGAGCCGAGGACGGCCCCGAAAGGAAGUCCACCAGGACAAGGGAGGACUGUCUAUUCCAUCAGUGUCUCUGACAUUAGAAAAGAAAAUUUGACUCCUGUUAAGAUUUUCUCAGUACCUUACUUUAUGACUGAUGUUUAUAAAAGAGAUAUUGUUUCCCCGGCUUUGAAAACAUUUCAUUAACUGUCAGAUGGUGUUCAGUUGUGUGUCUUGACCAGAGUUGUGGUCUAGUAAUGUCGAUUCCAGAGAUAUUUCACCACCUGUCACGGUGGCUUUAAGCACACUUACUUUAAAUUAACUCUGUACCGAUUGCUAAACACUAAAUUCAGAAGACUUUAUAAAUACAGUUUGUGUCUAGAUAUUGUAAUCAUCAGUUAAAUGCAUUAAUGACUCGAGAACUUUUUUUUACAGCAAGGGUGAUUUGAGUUAUGAGCAGAAAUUUGAGGACAUAUUAAGUAUGUAUCUGUGUGUCCAUUUGAAGUGAUUUUGCACUCUGCGACAAAAUCGUUUAUAAUCCAUUCCUUAUAACAGAGUUUAUGAUGAGAUGAGUUUAAGUUGUCUGCAAACAUUUACAUGUCACUUUUUUUAUCAUUUCAAAAUAUGUGAUAUCUAUGUAUCAUAACUGUACUAGAAUCCUGUGUAGUUACUUCUAAAAUUGUAUACUUGCAUAUUACAUAGAAGGAAAAAAAAUCCAGAUAUUGAAAUAAUGGAACUAGAUACAGUUAACAUGCACAUUAUUUAAGACUUGGAUAAUCGAUAAGAGCUACAGAUUCACAUCCUAACAGCUAAACUCAAAGAUAGAUAAAGCCUGCAACAAGCAUAGAUGCUCCAGCUACAUGUAUGCUGACUCACUAUGGCACAGUAAGUGUGCUUGUCGUAGAUGUGGCAGAUCUCUGUACAGUCUUUUUGUGGCAAUGCCAGUGUCUGCUUAUGUGAUGUAGCUGCAAAAAAAAUGGGGUUCCGGUGUUUGUGUGGCUGCAACACCUUUACAUAAUUUGGUCCUGUACGUAUGUGUAGCGCCAUGCAUAUAGAUCUAUGUGCCUUGAAUUGAUAUGGCUGCCUGCUUGUUGCAUUGGACAUUAGUGUUCUUCGAAAUGCUACAAUAUACAACUGUUGUCAGCCCAUAGACAGGAUUUUUGAUGCUGAUGUACAGAGCCUUUUUUCUAUCGCAGUCUACAUGUUACUGGACAAAUGUAUCUUGUUAUUGCAAUAUGAAAUUGAACUGUUCAUUUACUAUGUUAUGGCCAUGUAUCGAUUAUGCAUUUAAUCUUAGUAUUUAGGUUCAAGCGGAUUCUCUUAAUGUGUAAUUGAAUGGAAGGACCACAUCCAAUGCAAUAAGUGCAAACGUUGCAUUUUAGUAAUUGGGCUAGCAUUUGCAUGUGAAUUUGUAGAGGCUGAAACGUCUCACUGCUUUUAAGUAAGUUAUUUUGUCUUUUCCCCUCCUCUUCUGUGCCAUUUCAACUUGACACUGUGCCUUCCUGUUCCUGUUCUGACCACUAUUGACCUGGUAUCCAGGAUAACUCCACAGUAGGUGGUUUGUGGCUCUCUGUAAAAUCAAUACCUGUCUUUCCUUGUGUGUAUAGCAGCAUGUGUAUAACAAUAAAGAACAAAGAUUCAGUACUUCA